GUUUCUGUUUAUUUUAUUUUUUCUCGUAUGAUUUGUUUUGAAAAUUAGUAAUAAUAAAUACGCGAUUUAUACGUAUUUCUCUUAUCUUUUUAUCAUAUUGGAUAGAAAAACAUCUAGUGACGUGCGUCCUUGGCCCAAAUAUCAAUAAAUUGCCCUAUAUAAAAGCUCACACAGUCACAUUAUUUAUACAGUCUGUUCUUUUGUCUCCAAAGUUUUCUAGAAAUGGCUGUAAAGUUCACUGUACUUGCAUUUUAUUUACUAUUCAUACGUUUUAGUAUGACGUACAAGCCUGUGGUGUUGAUGCACGGGAUCAUGACCGGCAGUGCUAGUAUGGAGCUCAUAAGUCACAGGAUUCAAGAGAAACAUCCUGGAACCAUAAUAUACAAUGUGAACAGGUUUGAAAGUUGGUCGAGCCUGGAGACCAUGUGGCACCAGGUGAUGGAGAUAGGACAAGACAUCGCAAAUAUCUCCGCAGCACAUCCUGAGGGCAUUAAUGUUAUUGGCUACUCUCAAGGGGGGCUAGUGGCGCGUGGAGUGAUCCAAACAUUCCCAAACCUCACAGUGGAUACUUUCAUCUCACUGAGCUCGCCACAGGCGGGCCAGUAUGGAGCGGGGUUCCUCCACCUAGUCUUCCCGAGCCUUGUCAAGGACACGGUGUACGAGCUGUUCUACUCGAAGGUGGGCCAGCACACAUCCGUCGGCAACUACUGGAAUGACCCCUUCCAUCAGAAGCUGUAUGAGGCCUAUAGCGUGUUCCUGCCGUAUCUGAAUAACCAUAUGACAUCGGCAAAGUCGGAUGAUUUCAAAUCGAACUUUCUUAAGUUGAAGCGGCUAGUACUGAUAGGAGGACCAGACGACAACGUUAUCACUCCUUGGCAAAGCAGUCAAUUCGGUUACUACAACACCAACGAGACAGUUAUCGAGCUCUACAACCAGGAUAUCUACCUGGAAGACAGAAUAGGGCUCCAGACCCUCGACAAGACCGGUCGCUUGCACCUGGUGACCGUGCCAGGAGUCAACCACUUCAACUGGCAUAUGAAUGUGACGGUGGUGGAUAAUAACCUGCUCCCGUAUCUGGAUUGAGGAUUAGCGCCAUCUAGUAUCUAAUGUUGGAACUUCGCAGUGAUUGGGCUAGUUGUUUUAGACGA